AUGGCGGCUCUCUUGCGGUCUGCAAGAAAUUUAAAAUUGUUAAGAUAUUUGACUGUACCUGGUGGUCAGGUUGUCCAGCGUCUUUUAUCUGCGUUGGCAUGGCUACCCCCAGUAAAAUGCAAACGUGGUGUGCUUGAUUUGGACGCGAAGGUGUCAAUUAUAAAUCGACUAGAACGUGGCGAAACCGCAAGCAAUCUAUCCACCGAGUAUGGUGUUGGAUGUGCCGUUUCAGAACACGCUCUCCUACUCAUCAGAUGUUGUGGAUCCUUGAUGGCUGAACUAUCAGCACCGGAGAGAACAGAAUUAGCCCACAUGAUAUGGGACAAACUACCAGAAUUAGGAAUUAAACGUAAUACAAACCAUUACAAUGCAAUGUUAAAAGUCUACCUCCAGAAUAAUCAUCAAAUCUCCCUGAGUGAAUUUCUAGAAAACAUGGAAUCCAGUGGUGUAGAACCAAACAGAGUGACAUACCAGAGAAUUAUUGGGCUUUACUGCCAGGAGGGAGACAUUCAGGGUGCCGGUAAAGUCUUGGAAUUCAUGAAAAAGAAAGAUAUGCCAAUCACCGAUGGAGUCUUCAAUUCUCUGAUCACUGGACAUGCAAGGGCUGGAGACAUGGCAAACGCUGAAGGUAUGCUGACUAUAAUGAGGAAUGUUUCUUUAGAGCCCACUGUAGACACCUAUACAUCACUGAUGUGUGCAUACGCUGAAAAAGGCGAUAUCGAGAAUAUCCGAGAGGUUUUGAAGCAGCUUAGAAGCGAAGACACCAAACUUUCCAACAAAAAUUUGAUGCUAGUAUUACAUAGUCUUGUUACAUCUGGACAUGAAGAGCAUGUCAGUGAGAUUCUGAGCCAUAUGCAGUUUGGAACUCGUUAUGCACCAGAUGCGAUAAAUUUGUGUCUGACGUUGUUAACUGAAGGACGUGAUGAUGUCGCCAUGGAGAUUCUGAAAACUUUUCCCAAGAUACGUCCCGAGGUUGAAACCAUGCUGGCCGCCGGUGAAGAAUUCCAACAGGGCAGCUUUUAUAUCAAACAUUUAGUUUUACUGAACAGACCGCUUGAGGACAUUGUGAAACAAAUGGAUGAAAUGAAAGCAUUGAAGUUACAUUCAGCUCCGUAUGCAGUGGCGUUGCAAGUUUCUUUGGAGCAAGGGAACGUGGAAAAUUCUUAUGCCUUGAUGGAUAUUAUGAAAGAACAUGGAGAACCAAUAAGACAGCAUUAUUUCUGGCCGUUGAUGGCCAGCAGUCAUCGACAAAAUGACGUCCAGGGUAUGUGUGAUAUUGUGAAAAAAAUAGUAGAAAGCGAUGUGAGGCUCGACUCGGGAAGCUGUACCAUGUAUGUAUUUCCAACGCUAGGCGGAGAUGCACAACAUCUGUUAGCUGAACUGCAGAAAAUGGGCGUACACGUAGAUGAAACACUUGUAGCCAGUCUCAUCAGGUGGGAGAUAGGGAAUGGAAGGGCCGAAAACAUCACAAAACUGGUGAAACAGUUUGGACCUGACUUGGUUUAUCUCUCAUUAUUCAGAAGUGAUCUAAUACAAGCAAUAUACAGAGACCCACUGAUUAUGAAAACAUUCACCAAAAUGAUAAAGUCUAAUGGUGUUGAAUCAAUACAAGGUGACUUUGGUAGCUUCAUGUAUCAUCUAACCAAAAAUAUACCUGAAGGAUAUAGGAAUACUAUUCUGCCAUAUUUACAGGAGUUUUUGAAAGAGUUAAAAAACCAGGACUGUUACAUCACAGCUAAUGACUUCCGUGGACUUCGUAGGAAUUUUGACCGUCAAAGACUGAACUACCUCACGCCCAUGGCUCUUGACUUGAUCCAUCCCGACGUAAUGAACUCAGAGGAUACGCAGCAGUCUGACCUAUUACCCAUUCAAAAGCACCAUACUCUUGCAAAUGUACCUGUAGAUGUUUGCCCUACUGUAUCCCUUGGUUACGACUAG